AUGCCGACAGAAAUAUCAGCACCCCUACACUUUCGCACUCUCCUAAACGGACAUAGCUAUCUAAUCGCAGACUUUUACGCAACAUGGUGUCCGCCUUGCAAGCAAAUCGCGCCCAUUUACAACCAACUCUCCACCUCACACGCCUCGCCUGGGAAGUUUGCUUUCGUAAAAGUCAACGUGGAUGAGCAGAGAGAGAUCGCGGGACAAUACGGUGUCACAGCUAUGCCAACUUUCAUGGUUUUCAAGGACGGGAAGAAGAUUGAGGAGAUCAGAGGCGCGGAUGUGAGGGCUCUGAAGGGCGCGGUGGAGAAGGUUGUUGCGGAGCUGGGAAAGGCGAAAGAGGCGAAGGUGGAGAAGAAGCCGGAGGUCAAAGAGGAAAAGAAGGAGGAGGAGGAGAAGACUGUUAGUGGGAGUUAUGGCAUGACUGGGGGAAACAAUUGGAAAAUGUCGUUGAACUAA